CAGUUGUCAUUCAGUGUGUUAUGAUCAAAUGUGUAAUGGGUUAGAGCUGGAAUUAAUGGAAAUGAUAGAAAGAUUGGCGCUUUAUAAUAAAAAUUAGGGGAAUUGCCAAAUUAGUGCUCAGCAAUUUCAGGUCAUAAACCAUUAUUGUCAAUGGAUUUGUGUUGUGUUCACACACUUGGCUCACACAUUCUUUGAAAAGCCAACAAGAAGAAGACUUUACUAUUUCUUCUUCCCUCUCUCUUCUUCUUAUAUGAAUCUCUCUUCCUCUCUACCUAACUCAGAACAAUUUACUCUUUUUCUUAUACCUUGCUUCCCUAUUCACUCAACCAAAUGAAUGAAUCCAACACCACCAGGAAGAGGCAAAGGAAAGAUAGGCAAGAAAGCGAUGGGGAGGACACCAAUUCUUUUGAAGAAGGCAACAAUACUAGCAUUAGCAACAAGAAGAGAAAAGAGUUGAAGGGUAUAAUCACAUCAUGGAUGUUGCUGGAAGAGCAAGAAAAGUGCGAUCAAGAUGAGCAAAACAAGGCCACAUGUGAGGAGAAGCAAUUACUCGAAGCAAAUCAUAAGAAAAAGACUAGAACAAUGGUCGAAUAUUAUUCCAAUAUUCAAGAUUACUACACAGAAAUUGAAGAAACUGACCGAAUGAAGCGCAAAAAGUCCAGGGCAAUAGCUGGUGCGGUCGCUGUUUCUGCUGCCUCUAAUGGGCUCGCUAGUAAGGGAAUUGGUGAUGCAAAGCAAGGGAGUGGUGGUCAACAUAGACGAUUAUGGGUGAAAGACAGAGACAAAGAGUGGUGGGAUGAAUGCAAUCGGCCAGAUUAUCCUGAGGAGGAGUUCAAGCAAGCGUUUAGAAUGAGCAAGGGUACUUUUGACAUGAUAUGCGAUGAGCUACAUUCAUUUAUUGCCAAAGAGGAUACCACUUUGCGAAACGCCAUUCCUGUCAAGCAAAGAGUUGCAGUCUGUAUUUGGAGAUUAGCUACUGGUGAACCACUUAGACUCGUCUCUAAGCGGUUUGGUUUAGGUAUUUCUACUUGCCAUAAAUUGGUUCUUGAAGUAUGUUCUGCUAUUAGAAAUGUUUUAAUGCCCAAGUAUUUGCAAUGGCCUGAUGAGGAUAGAUUGAAGAAGGUAAAAAAGGACUUUGAAUCAAUUUCUGGGAUACCUAAUGUUGUUGGGUCCAUGUAUACUACUCAUAUUCCUAUUAUAGCUCCAAAGAUUAGUGUCGCAGCUUAUUUUAACAAGAGGCACACUGAGAGGAAUCAAAAGACAUCCUACUCCAUAACUGUUCAAGGUGUUGUUGACCCAAAAGGGGUCUUUGCUGAUGUGUGUAUUGGUUGGCCUGGUUCUAUGCCUGAUGAUCAGGUGUUGGAGAAGUCUGCUUUGUAUCAAAGGGCUAAUGGAGGUCUUCUAAAGGAUGUUUGGGUUGUUGGGAGUUCGGGGUACCCUUUAAUGGAUUGGGUUUUGGUCCCUUACACACAGCAGCAUUUGACAUGGACUCAGCAUGCUUUUAAUGAGAAGAUUGGGGAAAUUCAAAAGGUUGCUAAGGAUGCAUUUGCAAGAUUGAAAGGGAGGUGGAGUUGCUUGCAGAAAAGAACGGAGGUGAAACUACAGGACUUGCCAGUGGUUCUUGGAGCAUGCUGUGUGUUGCAUAAUAUCUGUGAAAGGCGUAAAGAGGAACUGGAUCCAAAGCUGAAGAUUGAGCUUGUUGAUGAUGAGAUGGUGCCUGAGGUUGCCUUGAGAUCAGUAAACUCAAUGAAGGCUAGGGAUGCUAUUGCUCAUAAUCUUUUGCACCACUGUCAUGCUGGCACUGGUUUUCUAUAAUUCAAAAAGUUUCAUUCCUCCUGCUAUUGGAAUUCUUUUGCCUGUUUUUUCUCUAUUUGUAUUGUAGAAUUUCACAUUUGUCAUUUAUCAUAUUUGUCAAAGGGGCUUUGUAAGCGAUGUGUGCCCCCCAAAACAAAUAGCUGAUGGUAGACUUGAUAGGUUUAAGUUAUACAUACAGGUCACGGUAACAGCAAGACACAUUACUCAAAUUAAAAAUAAAAAAUGGAUGAAGUUGACUUUGUAA